CAAGACAAGACAAUACAAGAUGCCAGGCUCGCUUACGGACCUCUUCGAGAGCGAAGUCCAGCAAUUGGUGCCGCCCGUCCACAGCGACUUCUUCGUCGUCUGGGUGCUGUGCAUGGCGGCGGUCGGGAUCGUCGGCGUCCCGGUGGGGCUGCUCGCCGUGCACCGGAUGCGUGUCGAGAAGAGCGCCCACCUCGGCGACCCCGGCAAGGGCUGGCCCGGGGCGCUGCCCUUCCGGGACCGCUACGUGGCGCCCGAGCAGGUGGCCGUGCGGAUGCCGCGCCAGUGCCUCCUGGCGGACGAGCCCGGCAACCUGACCUUCGACCUCGCCAAGCAGUACGCCGGCCCCGGGCCCACCGUUGGCAGGGGCGGCGGUGGGCUUUCGCCGGGCUCGAAGGCUGCGCUGCAGGUGUUCUGCUACUACAACAAGAGCCGCGUCAGCUGGCUCCAGGGAGGCAAGACCUGGUUCGGGGUGGCGUCCGUGCCGUUCCACCUCUGCCGAUACGUCAUCUACGGUCCGGUAAAAUUGGACGGCUGGACCGCGAGGGUGUUGCCGACGGCUCGUGACGUCAUCCUCAUCGAGCAACUCAGAUCGACGGUUGCUUUCAGUUCCGCCAACAAGACGUCCCUCCUGGUGUCCGUCAGAGGCCGCGGCGAGUUCACAGCCAUGCGCCGCUCGGCGGGGAACGUCAGGUACUUCGCGGCAAACCUUCUCGAGUGGGCGCUGGAGCACGGCUUCUCCGGAGUCCACCUCGACUGGCGCGGCCUGGAGUCGCCGCUGUGCGGGCGGCCCGGAAACGACGCCGCGCUCGAGGCCCUCCUGCGGCAGCUGCGCGACCUGGCCCAGCUGAACCGCGUCCCGCUCAUCCUGGCCCUGUCGGCGUCCGCCGUGCCCGCGCCGCCCGGCGACCUGGUCGACUACUACUUCCUGGAAGCGGGCGACCGCCGCUGCGCCGACCUGGAGGAGGCCGGCCUGGACACGCUCUACCGCAAGCUUCGCGAGUCCGAGGCGUCCGCGUACUCCGUCUGCUGGGCCGUGUCGGCGGCCGUGGAGGUGUUCGAGAGGACCGUCGGAGUCGCGGGAACCCACCUAAGGUUCGCAGGUCUGGUGCCGCGCAGCCAGGUCUGCAACGUGCAGGCCAACGACAGCUUCCGGGAGUGCUCCGUGGGCGAGCUGCCGCAAGACGCGAAGCACGGACUCGUGUUCCGGUACCGAGCUGCGGACAAGGUAGCGACGAAUGUGCGCCACUACGCCAAGGUUUGGAAGGGUCUCGACCUCCGCACCGACCCCAUGUGCGUGCUCUACGUAGACGGCGACUACGACGACCCGGCCGGAGAGUGCGGAGAUCCGUUUCCCUUGCUGCGAGCGAUGCUGGCGUCGUGAGACUCCGAUGGCGUGGUCUCGAAUAUGAAAGACGUUGUAUGCGUAUACUACGCCGCGAUUUUCAAAUAGCGAAACAACAUGUCCAAGGUAACCGUAGGAAUAAAACUGACAGUCACUUAAGUAUCCUUACGUGAUUCGAAUGCGAAAGCAUUAUGAAUUCUCUAAUGGCUUGGUUACGUUCAUGAUACUUGCCGUCAUACUGACACAUUGUCACGUGUCCUUCGCAAGUCUGCCUUAAUGCACCUUGCUCUAAAUUGCACCAACCUUAAUUCACCUACCUCAACUAUAUUUCCACCUUAAUCCACCUUGCUAUAAUUUGUGCCAACCUUAAUUCACCUUACUACAGUUUAAUCCACCUUGCUCUUUCAACGACGUUAAUCCACUCUAAUUCAUCUUAAUCCACUUCAAUUCACCUUCACUCACACUGCUUGACCUUCAUGCACUUUACUCCACCUUGAGUCCCUUACCCUAACUUGUUCUAACUUUAACUUUACUUCACUCUAGUUCACCUGCUCUUUAAUUACCCAUGAUUACUACUAAUAAAUGUUGUUGUGUCAUUUA